AUGUCGACACGCAAGCGCAAUGAGUUCCUCGAAGGCGAUGAGACUGAAGAAGAGAUCGAGAAUGGCUACGACUCGGAGGCAGAGGAGGGAAGAGGUGCUCUCGGCGGAAGAGGGAACAAGCGGCGCAAAGUCGAUGCAACUUCAGACGAUUCUGAUGGGGAUGUCGAGAAUGUUAAGGAACCACCUAAGGCCGGCGCCAUAGUGAAAGACGAUCGCUUCGACUUGAGCAACUUUGGCGACGAAGAUGAAGACGACUUGGCAACGCGUGGCCAGAGCGACGACGACGCAGAACGAUCCGAUCACGACAGAGAAAAGCCCGCCAAAGCCAAGAAGGAUCCUGCCUUGAAGAAGGUAGAGGCAGCAGCAAAAGCCGUACGCAAAUCCGGCGUCGUCUACAUAUCUCGAGUGCCGCCAUUCAUGAAGCCACAAACCAUGAAGCACUUCCUCGAACCUCAUGCGCGCAAAGGCAUAGGCCGAAUCUUCCUCACGCCCCAAGACCCCGAAGCACACAAGAAUCGUGUCAAGAGCGGAGGCAACAAGAAGAAGUCUUUCACAGACGGCUGGGUAGAGUUCAACUCCAAGACUGAAGCCAAGAUUGCCGCGGAAACGCUCAACGGCAACAUCAUCGGAGGGAAGAAGGGCAACUUUUAUCAUGACGAUAUCUGGAACAUGAAGUAUCUGAAGGGCUUCAAGUGGAAUCACUUGACGGAGCAGAUCGCGAAUGAGAAUGCUGAGAGGGCGGCGAGGAUCAGGGAGGACAUCAGGAGGCAGAGGAAGGAAAACAAAGCUUUUGUGGAGGACGUGGAGAGGGCGAAGAUGCUGGAUGGCAUGGAGAAUAAGAAGAAGGCGAAGGGUGGUUAUUUCGUCAAGCCGAAACUGGACUUCAAACAGAACAAGGCAAAGGCAAAUACUGCGAAGGAGGAGGUGAAGCCAGAAGCGUCGGCGGGUAGAGCGUUACGCAAAGUGUUUUGA